AUGGAGGAGCCCAAUAAGAGUAUGGAUUCAGAUGAUGUAUACUAUAGUGAUGAGUUGAAUAGUUCUGACCCAGAUGAUUCUUGUGAUGAAGAAAGGCCCAAGUAUGCUAGGUUUAGGAAAGAGCAUCUAAACAAAGACUUUAUAUUCAAGUGGGGUAUGGAAUUCAACACACUUGAUGACUUUAGGGCAGCUAUCCGUGAGUGGUCAGUGCUUAAUGGGAGGGAAAUUUCUUUUGUGAAAAAUGAGGGAGAUAGGGUAAGGGUGGUGUGUAAGCAUAAAUGUGGGUUUUUAGUCUUAUGCUCUAAGGUGGGCCACAAGGAGACUUUUGCUAUAAAAACACUUGUACAUAAGCACACAUGUGCUAGGGUUUUGAACAACAAGUCUGCUAGCUCAAAGUGGGUGGCCAAGCAUGUGGUAAAGAGGAUGCAAACUUCUGAUACAGUCAGGAUAAGAGACAUCAUCCAAGAUAUGAGGCAAACAUAUUCUGUGGGUAUUACUGUUGCAAAAGCAUGGAGGGCUAAGCUAAUUGCCAAGAAGAUAAUUGAAGGUGAUGCUGACAAUCAGUAUGCUUCCAUAUGGAGGUAUGCAGAAGAACUAAGAAGGGUAAACCAUGGCAACACUGUGAAGAUAAAUGUAGAAAGACCUAGUCCAUCCAUACAACCAAGGUUUGGGUCAUUUUAUUUCUGUUUUGAUGGCUGUAAGAAAGGCUUUAUUCAUGGAUGCAGACCAUUUGUGGGGGUUGAUGGAUGUCACUUAAAGACCAAGUAUGGUGGACAGUUACUUAUUGCUGUAGGCAGGGAUGCUAAUGAUCAAUACUUCCCUUUGGCAUUUGGUGUGGUUGAAAAUGAAACAAAGGAGAGUUGGAGAUGGUUUAUACAACUACUAAUGGAGGACAUUGGUCAGGAUAGAAGAUAUGUAUUUAUCUCUGAUCAACAGAAGGGACUUGUGGCUGUAUUUGAAGAAUUGUCUGAUACUAUUGAGCAUAGAUUAUGUCUUAGGCACUUGUAUGCUAAUUUCAAGAAAAGGUUUGGUGGAGGAGCCCUUAUUAGAGAUUUAAUGAUGGGAGCUGCUAAAGCCACAUACUAUCAGGCAUGGGUCCAAAAGAUGAAUGAAUUGAAGAAUGCAGAUCCCAAUGCUUGGACUUGGUUGAUGGCUGUUCCUACCAAAAGCUGGUGUAAGCAUGCCUUUUCUUUUUACCCUAAAUGUGAUACAUUGAUGAAUAAUAUCUCAGAGUCUUUUAAUGCUACCAUUCUAGCUGCUAGGGACAAACCUAUACUCACAAUGUGUGAGUGGAUAAGAAAAUAUCUGAUGAAUAGGUUAUCCACCUCUGCAAGUAAACUAGAAAAUUGGCCACAUAAGGUGAUGCCAAUACCUAGGAGAAGGUUAGAUAAUGAGGUGUUCAAUAGUGGUCAUUGGUUGCCAACAUGGUCAAUUGCUGAGACUUUUCAGGUUACACAUAGUUACAACACACAUGAAUUUAUUGUUGACAUUGCUAAAAGGUCAUGUAGUUGUAAUUUUUGGGAAUUAGUAGGAAUUCCAUGUAGGCAUGCUGUAGCUGCUCUGAGUUAUAGAAAGCAAAACCCUGAUGAAUUUGUUGAUGCUUGUUACACAAGAGAAAAGUUUGCACUAUGUUAUGGAUUUUCAGUAAGUCCAAUCAAUGGUCAAGAUAUGUGGCCAGAAGUUGAGAUGGAACCACCUCUACCAUCUGCAUAUAAAAAUGGUCCUGGUAGACCUAAGAAGAUUAGGAUAAGAGAAAGUGGAGAGGAUGGUGCAAGGAAGAGAAGAUCUGGUGUUGCAUAUAAGUGCACCAAAUGUGAUAAUUUUGGUCACAAUGCUAUGACUUGUAAGGCUACCACUCAGGAUCCCAAUGCACUUAAAAGAAAGGUAAUUCAUUGUGAUAUACAUUUUGUCUUACAUUCUACAUUCUGUCUUACAUUCUUCAUUAUGAUAUGCAUUGUGAUGACAACCAUACAUUGUGUCUUACAUUGUAGAGAAAACCUAAAAAGGACAUGUGCCAACUGCAACUGA